AUGGACGACCCUUUACUCCGCGCCUGGACGACGCAAUAUACAAACUCACCAAUCACAACACCACGGUCUGCUACACCUGGAGAGUGCCGCCUACGCCCACCGCGCGACGAACGCGUGGAGAAGCCUCGACACCCCAAGAAUCCUCCAACCCCGCCUUCCAUGUCCAUGCCCUAUGCUGUCAGCUCUGUGCCCCAAGGAAACAUGUGCAAUGUGGACCGGGGCAACGGCGCACUUGAGUAUAUCAACCCGAGCCUGCUGCUAUUUCCACAAGACUAUGCAAGCCAAGAGUCCAACAAUUAUGCGAGCGCAAGACGGGUUAGUGACCGACGGAUUGGUCAGUCUCCCUAUACGCGUCCCAAUACACCGAACGUGGAAGGUGUCUCCAAUGUGUCUUCGUCGGAUCAACGGUCCUCGCUGUCCGGGCGCAACGGGCGAGAGGAGCAAUCCAACCCGCCAGUAGAUAUUUUCGAAGGGAUUCUAGCAAAAAUGCUGGCGUUUGAUGUUGUGCGGCCGCCGUCUACGAACGAAUUAGGCAAUGAUGAGCCUCCGCGUGAGGUGGAGGCGAAACAACCGACUGUCCAUCAUGGAUUUGCAAUUAGUGUUGGCUGGUCCAGUACAUUCUUCCCCGAUGACAUACAGGAGGGGUCAGGGCAUUCGAGAAAUACCGUGGAUACAGUUGGGCAUUUCUAG